UUCUGCUAUUUCCUCAUUACAUUUGGGUGACUAGAAGGCUGCACAAUAUUCUGAAUGUGGAUAAAUCAUUGAGUUUUCUAAUGUUGUGAGUCACAGGUAUUGAACGUAGGGAUUCUGUCUGUUGAUAACAUUCUUAAAGCCCAUUUGAAAUGCGUAUGCACCAUGCUAUGAUCAGGUCACCAAACAAGGAUAGACACAUGUGCAUCCACACACAUACACAGAGGCAUCACAGGAUGCUUGUGAUCCCACAAUCCACCAAAGCUGGUCCCAUGGCAACCAUUUAGUUGCCUAGCCCCUCCCCCGCUACCCUCAUAACCUGUGGCAAAGUAGGACCUCAUCAUAACUGCUUUGCGCAGGGAUCCUAUCCAACACCUUCCUUGCUGUCUGGGACAGGCAAUUUAGGAACUCCCAGAAGACCUUCAAGCUCUGUACAGUGCAACAACCAAGAGAAAGGCAGAUCCUAGCCAAGGAAGCUUUUGAAACUUGGGAUGGAAUGAGAAAGUAGGAACCCAAGCAAAACUGAAGGGGAAAUGGUUACCAUAAAUGAAACUCCUCUGGUUUUUUCAUUGAAUAAUGCUCAAUGUUUAGAUGGCGGGAAUCUCCAGGCAAUGUCUGCAGAGUUCCUUGUUCCGAACCUGCAGAAUAGCAAGGACCUUGGUGAGCCUCAGCCAUCCUGUUCUGGUUUCCAUCUCAAGCCCAAGCCCAGAUCCCAGCCCAGGUCAAACGGUAGGAGAAGCUCUGGACCUUCUUAUCCUUGGAAACUUCUGUUGCCUAAGCGUGGCAUCUCCAAGCUUAUCUUCCAGGUGGUGGCUUCCACUGAGAAACGUGCUGGCGUCUCCCUGCAAGCUCUCAAGAAGAGUGUUGUAGCCACUGGCUAUGACCUUGAAAAGCGGGAGAAUUACUUCAAGAGGAUCUUGAGGGCCUUCAUCGCUAAGGGUUUGUUGAGGAAGCUGACUGGCCAUGGACUUACAGGUUCCUAUGCAGUCAGCAAAUUGAUGAUGAAGGUGCUGAGGAAGAGGCAGACGAAGAAGACGAAGAAAAAGAAGAAGAAGAAGAAGAGGAAGAGGAAGAAGAAGAGGAGAAAAAGAAGAGCGAGAAGGAGGAGGAGAAAGAUAAUGUCAAGCGUCAAGAAAAAGGGAGCCUCUAAGAGAAAGAAGGGGUCAAGGAGAAAGAAAACCAAGCUAACGAAAUCUAAGAUAUCAUCUAACGAAAGUACAAUGUCGAGCACAUGAGAUUUCCAUAGCUGAAGCUAUGUGUAAGGAAAAUAAUAAUAAUAAAGUGUCGUAUUUCGACUGUC